CCUCUUCUGAAACACUAACAGGAAGUAAAGGGAUUAGGUUUUUGGUUGAGAGAGCAUGACAUAAACCCUAAUCCGUGUCAUGUACAUUUAAUUAUAGCGAUCAGAAGAGUAAACUACAACUUUGCUUUUCUGCGUUCUCGCAGAACGCUGACGUGUGAUGAGGUGACAGCAAAGGAACUACCGAAGGUGAAGACAACACACCAGCACAAGUGGUUUAACUUGGAUAGGCUACUGGUGGAUUGACACACACAGAACAGAGGACAUGUGGUGGUUCCAGGAAGGUCUGUGUAUUCUACCAGUAGCUCUGGUAUUAUGGACGACAGCCACGUUCAUCUUCGAUUACAUCACAGCUGUGGUGCUGAGACAUGUGGACCCACUGGUGCCAUACAUCAGUGACACAGGGACAGUUGCCCCAGAGAGAUGUGUGUUUGGAAUCAUGCUGGAUAUGUCAGCCUUCCUAGGUGUAGCCACCGUGUAUGUACGCUACAAGCAGGUCCAAGCCUUGACAGACGAAGAGGAGUCAAAGCUCCAUAAACUCAACAUCUUGGGCCUGGUGCUGGGAUGGACCAGCUCCUUUGGCAUGUGCAUCGUCGCUAACUUCCAGAAAACCACUCUGUUCUUCAUGCACCUGGUGGGGGCGACAUUGACGUUAGGUGUGGGGGCCCUGUACAUCCUGGUGCAGACGCUGGUGUCGCUGUACAUGCAGCCUCACGUUCACGGGAAGAGUAUAUUCUGGGUCCGACUCAGCAUUGGAGUCUGGACCUUUGCCAGCAUUAUCAGCAUGUUUGUUUCAUCUGUCAUCAUGUACAGCAGUCUGCCUGGAGUGGACGUGGCCCAUAAACUGCACUGGAUACCUGGAGAGACGGGCUACAUCCCUCACAUCAUCAGCACCAUCUCUGAGUGGUCUCUGGCUCUGUCCUUCGUCAGUUUCUUCCUCACCUACAUCCGAGACUUCCAGAAAAUAACGCUGCGGGCAGAGGCGGACCUAAGGAGUAAUCACAUGUAUGAUUCACCGCACUACAGAAUCACCACACCUCUCAACCAAUCAGUGACCUCUCCACUGCUGGCGGGGGGCAUCUGAACAAGACCACUCCUAGUAGUGUGAUUGAGUCGAGCUGUAAAUGUCAACAUACUGAAUGGAAUAAAUUAGAUUAUAAUGCGGAUGGUUUGAGCGCUGAAUGCUGAAAGCCGUGGUAUAUUAGACCGUAUACCACAGGUAUGACCCCAAAACAUUUUGUGUUCUAAUUUAGUUGGUAACCAGUUUAUAAUAGCAAUAAGGCACCUCAGGGGUACUCGCCGUGGUAUAUGGCCAAUAUACCACAGCUAAGGGCUGUAUCCAGGCACUCUACGUUGCAUCAUGCCUAAGAACAGCCCUUAGCCAUAGUAUAUUCGCCAUAUACCACACCUCCUCUGGCCUUAUUGCUUAAACAUAGAAUGCUGAGUGUGCAAGCACAAAGAUACUGCUGAUAAGCCUAAUUCUUAGGUACAGUAGAAAUGCCACACUCCAUUUUUAAACUGACAUGCCUUUUGAUGUCAACUGCACUAUUUUCACUGACAUUUGGUUCUUGUGUUAUGAGCGGUACAUAUUUGUAUUGGGCCUAACGUCAUCAUCUGACAAAUGUCAUCUGUGGUGUGUUAAAGGUUUUUAUACCUUGUACUUUUUUUUAGUAUUCAGAACACAACUAUGCUAUUCUUAUCAACCACUGGAUGGUGCCAAAGAGACAGCAACAUGUUUGGUUCUGCUUUCUUACAAGUCUAGCAACCCCCUCAACACAAAAAUAGAUAUGAGCAUUUGUUACGUGAGCUUACGUUGAUUGUCUUUCAUGAGAAUUUAUAUUAUUAAGUGUUUUGAAGCAAGGCACUUGAACUAAUUAUCUAGAAGUAUAAUGAUGCGUUUACUCUACUUCACUUGUGCUUUGGAAUGCUAAGUUAUUGUGCUCUGGCUGUGAAGCCCUCAGUGUUAAUGUAGGAGAAUAAGGAAAUAAGUGUGUUUUAGAUUUGAUCAUUACUGAAUGGAUUGUAUUUUUUUGUACUUUUCUAUUUGGUUUUGUGCUUUUCUAUUUAUUCCCCAAUUGUGAUUUAAAUUACUUCCAUACACACCCAUGAAAAAGUAAGUCAUCUCUUUCACAUUGAAUGGAUAAAAUAUAGGGGAUGUAAGCAGGUUGAACAUUUUACUGAACCUCUAUGAUUCUCUGAUUAUUCAUUUUGUUUCUACUAAAAGUGGAUUUUGUUGUAUUAAAAAAAUGGCAGCUGGCUACUUGUAUUUGCACAACAAACACUUGUCUCAAAUACAUAAUUACAGUUGUUGGUUAGCUGGUGAAUUUUAGCCCUAAUAGCAUUGAUAUGAAUUCAGUCAAAACACAUCAAAACAAAACAUGGUAUCAAGAACAAGAUGAAACGAGUCACAAUUCCCCACAUGGUAGUUUCUUGUCAUUGUUGGUGGCCAUCUGGCCAUCCAGAAUUACAACUCAUGGACUGCUGCCCCAUUGAACUGUGAGGAUCUUUUGUGUGACGUUGUCAGCUAACUCAUCUAUGAUGCUCUGGUUAUUCAUUUGUUUUCUACUAACAGGUAUAUUUUGUUUUAUAAAAAAUGGCUACUUGUAGCCACCUGUUUCUAUGACCACACUGGAGGUGUGUGGAGGAGGUAUUACCAUCAUUGCUGUUAACUGACGGAAAUAUUUUAGGCAAAUCUGAUGUUCCAUGUUUCCUAAUAAAUGGUCACAUCUGCAGUAACUACA